AUGGCUGCUCAAGGUCCCUCAAGUCCUCUCCUCACUCCUUAUAAAAUGGGAAAGUUCAAUCUUUCUCAUAGAGUUGUUUUAGCACCAUUGACUAGACAAAGAUCAUACGGAAAUGUUCCUCAGCCACACGCCAUCUUAUAUUACUCUCAGAGAACAUCUAAUGGGGGUCUUCUCAUAGCUGAAGCCACUGGAGUUUCUGACACAGCUCAAGGGUACCCAGAUACUCCUGGUAUAUGGACUAAGGAGCAAGUGGAAGCAUGGAAACCGAUUGUUGAUGCGGUUCAUGCUAAAGGCAGUGUCUUCUUCUGUCAGAUUUGGCAUGUGGGAAGGGUUUCAAAUACUGGUUUUCAGCCAAAUGGGCAAGCUCCAAUCUCUUCUUCUGACAAGCCUCUAACUCCCCAACUACGAUCUAAUGGUAUUGAUGUUGCUGAGUUUACACCUCCAAGGCGAUUAAGGACAGAUGAAAUCCCACAAAUUGUCAAUGAUUUUAGACUCGCUGCAAGAAAUGCUAUUGAAGCUGGCUUUGAUGGAGUGGAAAUUCAUGGGGCCCAUGGCUACCUUCUUGAUCAAUUUAUGAAAGAUCAAGUGAAUGAUCGAACAGACGAAUAUGGUGGAUCUCUGGAGAAUCGUUGCCGAUUUGCUCUGGAAGUCGUUGAAGCUGUUGUUAAUGAGAUAGGAGCAGAUAAAGUUGGAAUUAGAUUAUCUCCAUUUGCCAACUAUAUGGAAUCAGGGGAUUCAGAUCCGAAAGCAUUAGGCCUUUAUAUGGCCAAUUCCUUGAAUAAAUAUGGAAUUCUGUACUGCCAUAUGGUUGAGCCGAGAAUGAAGACAGUUGGAGAAAAAUGUGCAUGCCCCCAGAGUCUUGUACCCAUGAGAAAGGCUUUCAAUGGUACCUUCAUUGCUGCAGGUGGUUUUGACAGGGAAGAUGGGAACAAUGCUGUGGCUGAGGGUCGUGCAGAUCUUAUCGCCUUUGGUCGUUGGUUCUUGGCUAAUCCAGAUUUACCAAACAGAUUUGAGCUUAAUGCUCCUCUGAAUAAGUACAACAGAGAGACCUUCUAUGUAUCUGAUCCAGUUAUUGGCUACACUGAUUAUCCGUUCCUUGAAACCACUGCUUAA